AUGUCCAAGGGCUUCGACCACCCCAAGUCCAAGACCCAUGUUGGCGACGGCUUCAAGUUCCUUGCCGACUACAAGAACUCCUUCGAUGUUAUCAUCACCGACUCCUCCGACCCCGAGGGCCCUGCCGAGAGCCUCUUCCAGAAGUCGUACUUCCAGCUUCUCCACGAUGCCCUGCGCGAGGGCGGUGUCAUUUCUACCCAAGGUUGUAGGUUCCCUUUUCUUUAUUGUGGAAAGUUGUGGGGUCCCUAG